GACACUCCGCUCCACUCUGCAACUUUCUCGUGCUGGAGCAGGCAGGAAUGAGAAGGGGGGAGAGGAGUAUCUUGUGAGAGAGGGGGGGAGCCUACAGAUUGGACCGCAGGGGGGAGAAGACUAGACUUAUACAGGAAGAUGGAGAAGUUCAAAAUGUCCCCCCAGCUGGCACUACUACUCCUGGUCGCCCCCCUGUGCUUCCCUCUGGAGACUGAGACACCCACAGCUGGCUGCACAUUUGAAGCCCAUAGUGAUAUUGGCCCAUGCGAGGUGACACAGAGCACACAGGAUGACUUUGAUUGGCAGUUGGUUCAUGACCCUCGUGGAAACCCUGACUUACCCCAAGGUUCUUACCUUUUGGUCAACUCAUCAGAACAUUCGGCAGGGAAGCGGGCUCAUCUACUCUUUCAGCCACUAAGCGAAAAUGACACACACUGCAUGCAGUUCAGUUACCUUCUACAUAGCAGGGAUGCAAGAGGUCCAGGCUCUUUACGGGCAUAUGUUCGAGUCAAUGGUGGUCCUUUGGGCACAGCUGUUUGGGAGGUGUCAGGACCACGUGGAAAGCAGUGGCAACAGGCAGAGCUUGCUGUUAGCAAUUUUUGGCCAAGUGAAUACCAGGUGCUAUUUGAAGCGGAGGUGUCGGGAACUCCCCUAGGAUUCAUUGCACUGGAUGAUAUUCUUCUUCUUAGUUACCCCUGUGCCCAGGCGCCCCACUUCUCUCGGCUUGGGGAGGUAGAAGUAAAUGCUGGGCAGAAUGCCACUUUUCUGUGCCCUGCUGCUGGCAGGGCAAAUGAAGGCGAGGCCUUCUUGCUGCAGAGGCAAAAUGGAGGCAUCACAUCUUCAGGGAUAAUUCAGCAUGUCAGUCACUGGCGGCUUUUGGCCUCUUUCCAGCUUUUUGAAGCUGGGAGAGAUGAUCAGGACCUGUAUCGCUGUGUCAGCCGCUCCAUUUAUGGCGCAGGAGUGUCCAACUUUGCCGAGCUUGUGGUGAAAGAACCACCAACACCUAUUGCUCCACCGCAACUUCUAAGAGCUGGCCCCACCUAUCUGGUUGUUCAACUUAACACUCGCUCCAUAACUGGUGAUGGUCCCAUCGUGCGCAGGGAAAUUGAGUACCGCGUGAGCGGAGGAACUUGGCGGGAAAGGCAUGCUGUCACUUCGCACACAUAUAAACUGUGGCACUUGGACCCUGAUUCACAGUAUCACCUGUCUGUGUUACUUACUCGGCCUGGUGAAGGAGGCACUGGGAGGUCAGGACCAGCACUCAUCAGUAGGACUAAGUGUGCAGAGCCCAUGCGAGCACCUAAAGGCCUUUCAUGCACAGCAGAGCAACCACGCCAGCUGACUCUGCACUGGGAAGCAGUUGGCUUCAAUAUCACUCGCUGUCACACCUAUUCAGUGACACUGUGUUACCACUAUGAGUCCAGUACUUUACAAGACUGUGUAACAAUAGAGGGGGGAGCCAGCCACUAUACCCUUCAACCUCUUCCGCCAUACAGUGCAGUCCACUGCCGCCUUGCUAUAUCCAAUCCGGAAGGACGAAAGGAGGGAAAGGAGGUUACUUGCUAUACACAGGAGGAUGCGCCUGGGGGCAUUGCUUCUGAGUCCUUGGUUCUCACUCCAUUGGAUGAUGCUAUUCUUCUCUCCUGGGACGAACCUGCGGAACCUAAUGGUGUCCUUACUCAAUAUGAGAUCAGCUAUCAGAUUAUUGAGUCUUCAGACCCCGGGGUGAGUGUUCCAGGACCACGCUCAACCAUCAGUAAGCCUCCUAAUGAAACUUCCCACGUUCUUAACAACUUGCACCCAGGAACCACCUACCUUCUGAGUGUACGUGCCCGUAAUAGUAAAGGCUAUGGACAGAGUGCAAUUACUGAGCUCACCACUAACAUCUCAGCUCCUGCUUUUGACUACAGAGACCUACCUGCUCCAAUUGCCGAGACUGAUCGUACUAUAACUGUUCUUUUAAGGCCUGCAAAGGGAAGAGGAUCCCCAGUGAGUUUUUACCAGGUACUGGUUGAAGGAGAAAGCUCCAGUCGAGCUAGACGUGAACUUGCAGUUCCUGGUUGUUUCCCUGGGGCAGGUGGUUAUGAGGAAGCAGAGAUGGAAGGAGCUACAAGCUAUGUAGGAGCAGAACUUCCACCAAGUGACUUGCCUCGAGAUACACCAUUUAUAGUAGGAGAUAAUCGCAGUUAUGGAGGCUACUGGAAUCCACCCUUGGAUCCUCGAAAGGGCUAUCUCAUUUAUCUACAGGCAGCAAGCCAUCAUCGGGGGGAAACACGGUUAAAUUGUGUUAGGAUUGCAAGGAAAGCACCUUGUAAGGACAGUCACCGUUUCUCAAUGGCUCCUCAGCAUUCCGAGGAGAUGGGACUUGUACUUGGAAUCUGUGCUGGUGGUCUAGUAGUGUUUAUCAUUCUGCUUGGCGCUGUGAUUCUUAUUGUCCGAAAGGGAAGAACACAGUUUUCUUAUGCUUACUAUCCAAAACCAGUGAGUCUAACUAAGUCUGCGUUGCCAGUGCGGCAUGAAAACAAUGGAGCAGGAGCCACUAGGGACCAUACUAAGAUUUUGGAUCAACCCAAGUUGCUCCAGGAUGAGGCAGCUUUAACAUUUUUGCACAACUAUGGUUCUCGAGGGGAGCCACGUGUCGGAUCUGUUACAGAGUCAAGCAGCCUUCUGGGAGGAUCUCCUCGACGAAGUAAUGGUAGAAAGGGAUCUCCAUACCAUACGGGACAACUACACCCAGCGGUGCGGGUGGCAGAUCUACUCCAGCACAUUAAUCAGAUGAAGGUGGCAGAGGGUUAUGGAUUUAAACAGGAAUAUGAGAGUUUUUUUGAUUGGGAUGUGUCUAAGAAGAAGGACAAAAGCAAAGGAAGACAAGAGCCACCACAAAAUUUUUUACUUUUAGAUGAGCGGCACCGUGUACGACUUCACCCUCUACAGGCAGAAUGCAGUUCAGAAGAAAUCAAUGCCAACUACAUUGAUAUCCGGAUAAACAGAGAAGGUUAUCACAGAUCGAAUCACUUCAUCGCCACACAAGGUCCAAAGCAGGAUAUGAUCUAUGACUUCUGGCGGAUGGUUUGGCAAGAACACUGCUCAAGUAUAGUCAUGAUAACUAAACUGGUGGAAGUUGGAAGGGUCAAAUGCAGCAAGUACUGGCCCGAUACUACUGAAACAUAUGGGGAUAUUCGCAUCACCUUACUUAAUACAGAAACCUUGUCAGAGUAUACAGUUAGGACACUUGCUUUGGAGCGGCGGGGUUACACUGCCAGACAUGAAGUAAAGCAGUUUCACUUCCUUUCAUGGCCUGAGCAUGGGGUACCCUUCCACGCUACCGGGCUACUUGCCUUCAUUCGUAGAGUGAAGUCUUCUACACCACCUGAUGCUGGGCCUGUUGUGGUGCAUUGCAGCUCUGGAGCUGGCAGGACAGGGUGUUACAUUGUCUUGGAUGUGAUGUUGGACAUGGCGGAGUGUGAAGGAGUUGUUGAUAUUUACAAUUGUGUCAAAACUCUGUGCUCUCGACGCAUCAACAUGGUGCAGACGCAGGAGCAAUAUGUAUUUAUUCAUGAUGCCAUCCUCGAGGCCUGCCUGUGCGGGGACACAGCUAUACCCGCAUGUGACUUCAGGCAAACGUAUAAAGAAAUGCUUCAGAUAGACACACAGAGCAACUCCACACACCUGAGAGACGAAUUCCAGACACUAAAUUCAGUGACAGCACAACUGGGUGUAGAGGAGUGCAGUGUCGCUUUAUUACCGCACAACAGAGACAAGAACCGAAGUAUGGAUGUAUUACCCCCCGACCGUUCUCUGCCUUUAUUACUCUCUGCACAUGGAGAGGAUACCAGCAAUUACAUUAAUGCUGCCCUGACUGAUAGUUACAAAAGAAGUUCACAUGUCAUUGUCACAGUACACCCACUGCAGAACACAAUUACUGACUUUUGGAGGCUGGUAUAUGACUAUGGUUGCAGUAGCAUUGUUAUGUUGAAUCAGCUAAACCAGUCAAAUUCUGCCUGGCCCUGCUUACAGUAUUGGCCAGACAAUGGUAUAUCCAGAUAUGGACCAAUGGAAGUACAGUUUGUGUCUGGGUCGGUGGAUGAAGAUGUAGUGACCCGUCUGUUCCGUGUACAAAACAUCACAAGGGAUGAACAUCUUUUGGUGAAACAUUUCCAGUAUCUACGAUGGUCUCCAUACAGAGAUACUCCAGAUACCAAAAGAUCCUUUUUACAACUCCUUUCCCUGGUGGAACAAUGGCAGGAGCAGAACAGAGAACACAGGACCCUUGUGCACUGUCUGAAUGGUGGAGGACGGAGCGGGACUUUUUGUGCAUGUGCAACGCUGUGUGAGAUGAUUCGAUGUCACCAUGUGGUCGAUGUUUUCUAUGCUGUUAAAAGUUUGCGGAAUGUUAAGCCAAAUAUGGUGGAAACACUGGACCAAUACCGGUUUUGCUAUGAAAUUUCCCUGGAAUACCUAGAAAUGCACGAUGCCAGAUAGCAUCCAUCAAAGUAGUACUUUGGGUAACAACCCCAUUGCCUAUGCCUGACCAAACAGCCAUGUGCCAAUCUGAUGCAUUUAUAUUAUGUGGCCAAAACCAACAAUGACUUGAGACACUUGUCUUAAUCCAGUAUAAAAGGGCUUCUCUCUGCUGUCUCAGUGUGAAGUGGAAGUUUUACCGGACAAAGUCUGUACAUAUUUCUAGCUGUACAUAUGAGUGUGAUUAUGGAAAGCCUAGCUCCGAAAAUCCAGCCCAUGACAUAUCUUACUUGUGAUGUAUAUCCAUAUGAAAUGUGCAUAUGCAAAUCAAUGCAAGUAUCUAGGGGAUUUCUCAGUGUCAGUGGUAUAAAGGACACCUGAGCUGUAUAUAAGGAGUCUUCAUCUCUCAGUGUGUGAUCUUAUACUAGGUGCGGAGGGUAAACUGCAUCAGCUGAAGGCAAAGUAACCUUUCUCUAUAUGUGUAAUGGAUGUCCCUAUGUGAUCCUCUAUGCCACAAUAUACACUGAGUUUGCUAUCAUGAUCACUACUGUAUAUAAUGGUAAAGGAUGUAUUAACCCCACAAGUAAUGAAGGGGUUUUUAAUGCUUUAUUGUAUUCAAAUAAACUGCUUGUUUUUAUUAUUUCUGUGUUCUGAAGGCUGGGAGGUGAUAGAAGUGUUCAAAUUCUUCCACUAUGAGCGAAUGCACAAAUGUCUACUUUGUCCUGAUUUAAGACAUCAGGCAUUUGUCACUGAUGUUCCUACAUUACAAGGAAGUGAGAGGUAUGAAAGCUGUUCCCUUUGUAUUAACAGGUAAUAAGCGUCUCUCCCUCAUGACACAGUUAUUAGGAGGAGAUGAAAAGUUUAUGUCUGUAUAUUAGGCAGGGAUGACAAGAGUGGUCUUCACUUCUGCCCUGGGGACAGG